UUCACUUCUCUCUCAACCCCCCUCCCUCUUUCUCUCUCCUUCACAGCUAUCAUAUUCUCGUCCCCUCUCUCUCCUCCAAUCCACCCUAUUAUUUAUUGCAGGCUUACUGAAGGUAUCUUAAUUCUUUUUUCCUCUCCCUUCUCCCCCCUCCUCUCUCCCUUGCAGAGGGUAUUUUUCUUGUGCCAGGCUUCCUUCCUGUACUAGAGCUCCUCUAUUCCUCCUCCUCCUCUUCUUCUUCUUCUUCUUCUUCGUCCCUGACCUGCCUACCACCACCUCAUCUCUGUUUCUUUCCCUUUCCCCCCGCUCUCCUUCUCUCUCCGUGCUCUUUCUGGCUGUCCUGGCCUCCCAUCUUUUUCACCUCCCUCUCAUGUACUGAUCAUUCCAUCACCUCCAUUCCCUAUGCGCCUCUGGUAACGCUUUGCCGGCGACGUGCACCCAGUGUGUACUAGCAUGCAGCAGCAGCAGCAGCAGCCGCAGCAUCAGGGUGGAGGCCCGGGCCAGCAGUUCGGCCUGCAUCCCCCAGAGAUGCCGCCAUUCUCGCCGUCUAGGAGCACCGGCCAGCAGCGGAUCUCGAUGGCCGAGGCGCCCUCGCCCAUCAGCAGCCGCCCGCCGGCGCCUGGGCCGCCGCCGCCGCAGCAGCAGCUCAACAACGAGCUAGCAGGUGCCGGCGCCGUGGGCUUCGACGAAGAGGCGCUCACGGCCGGCGAGGAAGGCUUGGGCGGCGGCGCCGGAGGAAACCGGUGGCCGCGGCAGGAGACCCUGGCGCUGCUCAAGAUCCGGUCGGACAUGGACGCCGCCUUCCGGGACGCCACCCUCAAGGGCCCACUCUGGGAAGAGGUCUCCAGGAAGCUGGCCGAGGAGGGGUACAGGCGGAACGCCAAGAAGUGCAAGGAGAAGUUCGAGAACGUUCACAAGUACUACAAGCGCACCAAGGACAGCCGCGCCGGCCGCAACGACGGCAAGACGUACCGCUUCUUCCGGCAGCUCGAGGCGAUGCAAAGCACGUCCGGUGUGACGGCGGCUCCGAUGGCAUCGGCCCCGCCGCCGGCGACAGCCGUCGGGGUGCCUGGGGUGGUGGGACCCACGGCUCUACGGCCCCUCGCCGAGCCGCCGCCUGUUGGUGCCGCGGCCGCCGCCACGGCUGGCCUGCCGACGCCAGUGGUAGUGGGCAACUUGAGCUUCUCAACGUCCAACACGGAGGAGUACUCGGACGAGGACGACUCGGACGACGAGGGCACCGACGACAUGGGCGGCGGCGCCGACGAGCGAGGGAAGAGGAAGCGGACGUCGGAGGGUGGCGCCGCGGCUGGUUCUGGCGGCGAGGCCGGGAGCGGCAAGAUGAUGAGGUUCUUCGAGGGGCUGAUGAAGCAGGUGAUGGAGCGUCAGGAGGCGAUGCAGCAGCGGUUCCUGGAGGCCAUCGAGAAGCGGGAGCAGGACCGCAUGAUCCGCGAGGAGGCGUGGCGGAGGCAGGAGAUGGCGCGCCUGGCGCGCGAGCAGGAGAUCCUCGGGCAGGAGCGCGCCAUGGCUGCUACCCGCGACGCCGCUGUGCUCUCCUUCAUACAGAAGAUCACCGGGCAGACCAUCCCCAUGCCGUCCAUCGCCGCGCAGGCCAUUACAUUCAUGCCACCGCCGCCGCCUUCGCAGCCUCACGCCACGCCCAUAGCAUACUCCGCCGCGCCAGUUCAUCCACGACCGCCGUCUUCGCAGCCACCUGCCACGCACUCGCCGCCUCAACCUCAACCCUCGCCACGGCAGCAGAAGCCGCCAACAAUGCCGCCCGUGACGCCGCAGCCGCACAAGUCGCCGGCUCCAGCGACGCCACAGCUACAGCAGCAAGCGCCGGCCGUAAAUUCAAGCUGCAUGGACAUCGUCGUGGUGCCCUCGGAAGCGCCGCACGACUCGUCGGGCUACGACGGGUCCGGUGGCGGCAGCGGACCGACAUCGUCGCGGUGGCCCAAGGCGGAGGUGCACGCGCUGAUCCAACUGCGGAGCAACCUGGACAUGAGGUACCAAGAGGCCGGGCCCAAGGGACCGCUCUGGGAAGAGAUCUCCGCCGGCAUGCGGCGGAUGGGCUACAACCGGAGCUCCAAGCGGUGCAAGGAGAAGUGGGAGAACAUCAACAAGUACUUCAAGAAGGUGAAGGAGAGCAACAAGAAGCGGCCCGAGGACUCCAAGACGUGCCCCUACUUCCACCAGCUCGAGGCGCUCUACCGCAACAAGGCGGCGCUCGGCUCCCCCUCCGGCGCCGGCGGCGCACUGGCUUUGCCGCCGCCCGCAGUGCACGCCAAUGCAGCUCCCCAGGAGCGCAUCGAGGCGUUCACCGUCGCGGCGCCGAUCUCGCAGACGGCUCCGCAGCAGCCACCUGUGGCCAAGAACGACGCCAGCAACGCCGGGAACGGCAACGGUAAUGGCGGCGGCGCGUCGGCAGGAGUCUCCGGGGGAGCGCAAAGGCUGGCGGCGAGCAACGGCGGCAGCAGGUUCGUCUUCGGCGAAGCAGGCGGAGACGCGGCGGCGAAAAAGCCAGAAGGCAUCAUGAAGGAGACGACGAUGGAGCAGAGGCAGCCACAGCCGCAGCCGCAGGCGGCGCAGCAGGCUGCGAUCAACAGCUACAACCGUACGGGCGGCGGCGGCGCCGAGAGCGACAACAUGGACGAGGACGACGAGGACGAGGACGACUACGAGGACGAGGACGAGGAGGACGACCUCGACGGCAACAAAACGCAGUACAAGAUCCAGUUCCAGGGGCAGCAACAACAUCAGAAUCAGCAUCAACAGCACCACCACAACGUUGUCAGGCCGAACGCCACCUCGUCCGGCGGCGGCAACCCGCCUGGCGCUGCCGCUCCCAGCGCGCCGGCGGCGGCAACGACGACGGCCGGAUCUUUCCUGGGCAUGGUCCAGUAGAUCCAUCCAUCACCCCGGUGACUAGCUCUCUCUCUCCCCAUACCCCAAUCAAUUCCAUCGGUGGCUUUCUACCUUCUCUUUCUCUCUUUCUUGUACCAUUUGUAUCUACCUACCUGUCGCAUCUUCCAUCCCCGUCCAUAUAUCUCGGCACCUCCAGACCUAGAGCUCAAGAGCUCUCUCCUCCUCCACCAAGCUCCAGCACCCCUCAUAUGCACAUGCACGUAGCAACGACGACAUGUCCAUGUCAGAAUCAUUCGCCUGCAUGCAUGCAUAUGCAUGCGCAUCGUCGUCGACGUUGCUACUCCGAUAUACACCUUCCCUUUACAUGUCCAGCUAGCGGCUGCAUCCGUUUCUUGAUUCGUUGCUGUGUUAAUUACAGUGUUACAGUAAAAAAAAUGGUGGUCUCUGGUUAUUUAUUGAUUUGUCGUGGUGAUUAAUAAGAACCCUUCUUGCCGGAGGGCUUCACUGAGAGGUUAAUUACUACUACAUCGGGGUGGUAAAAAACCCCGGUAAUAAGAUCGAUCCAGCUCGCGCGCGGUUAAAAUGAAGAGAAGAGCGUGUGCUUGUUACUUUCGUCAAUUUGGUGCAUACGGCUACUGCCCUACAGUGUGGUACUGUACGUGCUGCAAUGGAACGGUGAAAAAUGAAAAAGGAUCGACGGUACUGGCCUGCAGGCCAUGAGGAAGAAGGUGCUGGAGCAUAUGCGGAUUUUUUUUCCUUUUUAUCUUCUAUAUAUUUUUUCUUUCGAAAUUACCCAAAUUGUCCAUUAUGUAUUACCGAGCUUUUCUUCUUCUUACCAACUGUUUUUACUGAACUAUUACAGUGUAUACUUGUGACAUACUAUAUCCUAUAUUCUUGCUGUGCUUGCACCAGCAUUCUUCUGAGUA